UUAACAAUAUUGAAGAAUUUUCGCCUAAUAGAAAAGAAGAUGCUGGGAAAUUUCAUGGAAAAUGUAAUGUGAAAAGGCUAAUAAUUGGGAGAGCUGCCACAAGAAAAUUCAGUCUCAAUUGCAAUAGCUUAGAAUACUGAUCAGAAUCUGGCUUCUAAAUCCACCUGUUCAGCACUCCAAAGCACCAAGUUAAAGCAAACAAAACCCAACAAAUGGCAGAAGCUAUUGUUUCAUUUGUUACAGGAAAGCUUUCUGAUCUGCUCAUUGAAGAAGUAGUGUCACUGUAUGAAGUCCAUGGACAAGUUGACUUAAUAGACAGGGAGUUGACACGAAUACAGUGCUUCCUAAAAGAUGCAGAUGUGAAGCAAAAGGGAGAUGAAAGAGUGAAGAAUUGGGUCAGAGACAUAAGAGAUGUUGCUUAUGAUGUUGAAGAUGUCAUCGACAUCUUCAUCCUCAAGUUAAGAAGCAGACCCAAAAAACCAGGAUUCAUUGGGUUCAUCAAGAGGUCUAGAUUCUUUUUCAGUGAUUUGGAAGCUAGGCGUGAACUUGCCAAGGAGAUACAGAGUAUCAAGAUAAGAAUCCAAGAGAUAUCCACCAGUAGAGUAAGAUAUGGGAUUGAAAAUAUAGGUGCAGAGAGGGGUAGUUAUGCAUGUGAUAGAUUGAUUGAGCGGAGGCGAUCCUCUCCUCGGAUUGAUGAUCAUGAUAUCAUUGGCUUCGAUGAAGACAUCAAGAUGUUGGUGACGAGGUUACUUGAUCAAAAAACACCAAGGCGAAGUGUUAUUUCGAUUGUUGGGAUGGGUGGCUUGGGCAAAACAACUCUAGCCAAGAAAGUGUAUAAUUGUAACGAUGUUAAGAGACACUUUGAUGUUUGUGCUUGGGUUUAUGUUUCUCAAGAGUACAGUGGGAGAGAGCUUCUUAAUGAGAUUGGUAAAAAGGUUCUGAUGAUCGAGAAAGGCAUAUUGGCAGCAAUGAAUAGAGACGAUCUAGAGGAGAGAGUAUCCAGAGUGUUGAGCAAGAAGAGGUACUUGAUUGUCAUGGAUGAUAUAUGGAAUAUUGAGGCCUGGGAUGACUUAAAAGCCAUCUUUCCAGAUAUAAUGAAUGGCAGCAGAGUUCUAUUUACAACUCGCAAUAGGGAUGUAGCUAUUCACGGCGAUCCAAGGAGCCCUAUCCAUGAAUUACGUUUUCUAAACGAUGCUGAGAGUUGGGAACUAUUCACAAAGAAGGCCUUUUUAGAAGAAGGUGAUUCUAUUGCUUGUCCCCCCGAGUUGGAGGGAUUGGGAAAACAGAUUGUUGCCAAAUGCGGAGGCUUGCCUUUGGCAGUUGUUAUUCUUGGAGGGCUUCUCUCUAGAAAAGAGAAGGCCCCUGGUGUUUGGUUGAGGGUGUUGCAAAGUGUAGACUGGCAGCUGACUCAUGAUCCAAAGCAACUGAUGGAAAUAUUGGCUCUCAGUUAUAAUGACUUGCCAUAUUAUUUGAAGCCAUGCUUCCUUUAUUUUGGACUUUUCCCUGAAGAUUCUGAAAUCCGAGUGGGAAAACUAAUCCUGUUGUGGAUAGCUGAAGGAUUUGUUCGACAAAGGGGUCAAGAAUCUAUGGAAGAUGUUGCUCAAGAUUUUUUGGAGGAGUUGGUUGAUAGAAGCAUGAUUCAAGUGGCUGAAAAGAGGCACAAUGGGAAAAUCAAGACUUGCCGCAUCCAUGAUCUUUUACGAGAUCUUGCAUUGUCUGAGGCAAAAGAAUGUAAGUUUCUUCAAAUCCUUGAGAACGUUAAUUUUUGCCCCUCUAUGACUUCAACACGUCGAAUUGCAGUCCAUACAACUCUUGAGACGUACAUGUAUUUUAGGCAGUCCAAUUCUCACCUUCGUUCAAUGUUGUGCUUCUCAAGAUAUGAAGAAUUUCAUAGGAGAGACCAAUGGACAUCCCUACUUCGAAGCCACAAGUUGCUUAGGGUGGUAGAUCUAGAGGGUGUGACUGCCCAUGUAUUACCGAAAGAGAUGAGAGAACUCAUUCAUUUGCGAUACUUGGGAUUGAAGAAUACUAAAUUGCAAAGAAUACCAUUCCCCAUUGAUAACUUAAGGAACCUGCAAACACUAGAUAUAAGGGGCACAAAGAUCAGCAGAGUUCCAAAUGAAAUUUGGAAGAUGCAAAGUAUAAGGCACUUGUAUUUGCAUAAGACUGCUAUAACAGGUAAUCCACCAUCUUAUGUCUCUUCAAUGAACCUUGCAACCUUAUCAACUGUAUCUAUUUAUGGUAAUAUAUGGAUUCCUAAUUUCUUGGGGAAGUUGACAAGUCUUAGAAAACUUGGAAUCCAUGGAUGUUUUGGUUCACAAGCUGAGGCAUUGUCCAAGUCUCUUCUCAAAUUAAUCAAUCUUGAAAAUUUUAGUUUAAUUGGCACUGAUCCAAUUUUGGAGCCCACUUUGAGGUUGAUUUUGAGUCAAAAUAUUCAUAAGCUGUAUCUUUCUGGACCUAUAGAGAAGCUUCCUGAACCACAACAUAUUCAGCCAAAUCUAAGCAAACUGUCACUGAAAAUGUCACAACUUGUGCAUGACCCAUUCACGACAUUGGAGAGACUACCUAAUCUUAGGAUGCUCAAAUUGUUAUCCAAUUCCUUUUCUGGAAGGAAAAUGAUUUGCUCUUCUGAUGGGUUUCCUAGGCUCCAUAUCUUGGAACUCCAGGACUUGGAUAAUUUAGAGGAAUGGCGAGUGGAGGAAGGAGCACUACCAAGCCUUAGACGCUUAUUUAUCACUGGUUGCGGAGAACUGAAGAUGCUUCCUGAAGGAUUACAGUAUGUGACUAGUCUAAAAGAAUUGGUCGUGGAGGAUAUGCCUGAAACAUUUGAAGAUAGGAUUGAACAAGACAAUGGAGAUGAUUGGUAUAAAAUCCAACACAUCCCAUCUAUUGUUAGAAUGUAGGAUCAGUGUUCUCAUAUGGGGUGGAUUCUCCUGGUGCAAAAUAAAUGUGUUAUGCUCUUAGUUCUACAUGGAGAGAAGAUGUAGGACUUAGCAUGAAUACACAGGGAAAGAUGAAAGCAUCGUAUGGUACUGCAGAAACAAGGUCAAUCCUAUUUAUUCUGUAGUUAACCAAUAUAUUUUCUACAUCUUGUAUGUUCCAUUUUUAUUCAAAAUGUAUGCAUUUACAAAUUUUAUUUUCUUGAUGAGACUUCAGGACUCUUUGAGCACCAGAUCACUCGUGUAGUUCCCGUACGUCUGUCAUGUAAGCCUUGGCAGAUAAUUACUGGGUAGACUCACUGUGAUCACCUACUUGCUUCAUGUCAGUUAGCUACAAUCUCAUUCUAAAACCCCAGACACUUCACUUCUAAACUGUUAGUUUUAAUUGUUUGUACUUUUAAUUUUUCUUUUGUUGGUUGAACUGUUGUAAAAUGUCUUCUGCCAAC